AUGGGCGAGGGUCCUCCAUCGCCCGUCUACCAGCACUACGAGCCACACUACGACUUGGCUCCACACUAUGACUUGGCUCUAAACUACGAGGGGCACGCCGACCUCCACUACGACGUCUUGCACGACCUAGGUCUGAAGGCGCCACUGCAACAUAUCUCCGGUGGCAGCCCAGGCACUAACCCCUCCAUGCAACGACCCCCCAACGGCCUCCAACGUCCGACCGGCUUCCAGUCGCAGCCGAUGCAGCCGCAGCCGAUGCAACCAAUGCAGCAGCAACCGCAACAUCCGCAGCAGAUGCAGCAACAGAUGCAGCAAAUGCAGCAGCAGCAACAGAUGCAGCAGCAGCAGCAACAGAUGCAGCAGCAGCAGCAACAGAUGCAGCAGCAGCAGCAGCAACAGAUGCAGCAGCAGCAACAGAUGCAGCAGCAGCAGCAACAGAUGCAGCAGCAGCAGCAACAGCAACAGAUGCAGCAGCAGCAGCAGAUGCAGCAGCAACAGAUGCAGCAGCAGCAGCAGAAGAUGCAGCAGCAGCAGCCGCCGCCGCAGAUGCAAGUGCAGCAGCAGGCGCAGCAAGCGCAGCAGAUUGCGUUUCCGCACACAGGUCAGACGCAGAUGGUACCGUCUGCGUUGGCGUUGUCAGUUCCUGGCGGGGGCGAAGCGGUGGCGGGAGCACCUCCUGGUCGCACGACGUUCCACGCGUCGUUACAACGAGCAGCGCCGGUACCUGGGGCCGCGGGUUCGAGACCGUCCUCUGCCAGUUCGUUAAACCGUCAGUUGGUGCGGUCUGGUCAAGCCCCGUCGCAACAGCAGCCUGCGAGACUUUCUUGGGGUGGCCCGGGUCCUGUCGUGCCCAGUCCGGGAGACCUUGGCCCAAAGGUGCCGCCUAUGCAGCAAAUGGAUUCUAUCGAAUGGUACAAGCCCCCGCUGGGUAUGAUGGGCGCAGUCGACGACGAUGACUGUCUUAGCAGCGAGCACAGAAUCAUCAACCAAGUUCUGAGGGAGCAAGGAAUCCAAGUGGAGUGUCUGUUCAGACGUCUUCAGUCUGUCCAGACGACCUUCGACCAAUUAGAGAAGUCGGGUCAGUCGGUCUGGAAUAUCUCUCGUCAGACUGCUCUCGUCGGACUGCUCUAG